AGCACAGCAUGAAAAUGAACCACUGUUACACCAGGAGGGCAGUCACACAGAGAUGGGUGAUAUGAAGUGUCUCCUCCUUUUGCUGUGUGCCGGUGUCACAGUGAGCACAGCUGUGGAUCUGCAGAAGAGAAUUAUUAAUGGUAGUCCAUGUGGAAAUGAAGAGCGCCGGUACCAUGUCAAGUUAAUAGCAUCUAAUGGGAAGAAAGACUUCUUCUGUGGUGGCUCCCUGAUCAGUGAGAGCUAUAUUCUGACUGCAGCUCACUGCUGGAAACAGGGGUGGAAUAUGACUGCAUUAGUAGGAGUGCAUCCAGGUCCACCAGAAGGAGUGAAAAUCACAGAACACCAUAUCUACAAUGACACUAAUGGGAACCAUGACAUCAUGCUGCUGAAGUUACCACAACCCACUCAGAUUCCAUACGUAGCACUUCCUAACGAAAAUAAAUGUAGUAAAUUUCAUAAAAUCCUUCGGACUGCAGGACAUGGAGCCACAAUUAUGGGUCCUGAUCAUAAAAGAGGAAGUGAUAGACCAAAAGAACUCCACUGUGCUGACAUCCCAGUCUUCCAGUGUCCAGACUAUAAAAACUGUCUGCGGAGCAGCCCUUACCGGACAGCUCAGUAUUAUAGCUAUCAACACUUCUUCUGUAGCCAAUCUAAUACUGUGGAUAUUUCUCCAGGUGACUCUGGUGGAGGAGCCGUGCACAAAUGCAGGAUUUACGGGGUCAACGCUUUUGUUGCUAAUGGUACUCAUGCCUGCGUUAACAAAUCUGGAUACAUGGAUGUCUGUGAAUACAUGCCAUGGAUCAAAGACAAAGUGGGUCUUGGUUUUUUUAACAAAGUUAGUAAUAAAGCUUUGUCCAAGUUAGGAGGGAAGUGUCUUAAUCCUUAG